AAUUAUCGGUGUCAUUUGCGGAAAUCAUAUUCCCAAACAGGAAAAGGACAUUUGAGACGGUUUAUUUUUAAGGAAUGAAGCGGGGAAAUUGGCGUUUUAAAGGUAGGGAAAGACACCGACAAUACUUUCAGACAGAUUGGCGGCGGAGACCUAGUGCAACCUACGAUGGGCUGGAAAAUGGUUCUAACAGUACAACAGACACAGCAGAAGAUUCAGGUUCAUCCUCUGGGCCCAGUACACCUGCACCAGAGUUGCCUGGCUUCUACUUUGACCCAGAGAAAAACCGCUACUUUCGUUUGUUGCCCGGACACAACAAUUGUAACCCCCUGACAAAAGAAGGACUGCGAAAAAAAGAAGAAGAGAAGAAAAGAUCAGCACGACUUGAAGAAGAUGAUGGUCCUAAAAAGAAAGCUCCCAGGACUGGAUUGAAUUCUGCUUUGCUGUUACAGAAAAGACAUCUGGGUCUGCUGCCCCCAAGCUCCUAUUCUAGACUGAUCCAUGAAGUGAAAGUCAGUGGGAUGCAGCGUCACAAGCUGGAGGUGCAGAGCUCCAACUCCACAAGCCCAAACACGGACAACUUUCAUCUUAUAGUUGCGGAUUCAGCUUGUGAGCGAGUGUUCACUGUGAAUGAUGUGUCACAUGGAGGUUGCAAGUACGGCAUUAUGAACUUCCAUGGCUGCAGGAAAGGCUCUCUGUCAGUGGAGAUGUGUGAUAACCUUUAUUUUACCAACCGCAAGGUGAACUCUGUAUGCUGGGCUUCUGUGACACAUACAGAUUCUCAUGUUCUGUUGUGUUUGGUGGGCAUUUCUCAGACCCCAGGCUGUGUAAGCUUGUUACCUGCCUCUCUUUUUAGCAACUUCAAUCCAGAUCAGCCAGGGAUGUUAUGCAGUUUUAAGAUCUCCACAGCUUGGUCAUGUGCAUGGUGCCUAAACCCACAAGCUGAUAAAACGUUCAGCACCGGACUUUCUCGACGUGUGAUUGUGACAGAUGCCGUGACUGGACGCAGGGCAACAUACCCCGCUGGCAGUGAUGUUCUAGCUCAACAGUUUACCCUAAGGGCUCCUGUGUUGUUCAAUGGGUGUCGAUCAGGAGAGAUCUUUAGCAUUGACCUGCGGCAGCGAGACAGGGGACGUCAUCACGGUUGGAAGACCACUCGCUUCUUUCAGGAGUCAGCCAUCACCUCUGUCCGGCUGUUACAGGAUGAAAACUACCUCAUUGCUGCCGACAUGCUGGGCAAGAUAAAACUCUGGGACAUACGUAUGAAGCGGACUGUCAAACAGUAUGAAGGACACUACAAUGAACACGCCUACCUCCCUAUUCACAUCAACGAACCAGAAGAGCUGCUGCUUGCUGUGGGCCAGGACUGCUACACUCGUCUCUGGAGUCUCCGGGAUGGUCAUCUUCUCAGGACGAUUCCUUCACCCCACCCUGCAGGAAAGGACUCCAUCCCAAAUGUGGUAUUUUCCUCCCAACUGGGUGGUUGCAGGGGACUACCUGGACUCCUCAUGGCUGUUCGCCAUGAUUUGUAUUACUACUCUUACAACAAAGACUAUCAGGAUGGGCUGCCUGUGGAGGGUCAAUAGCAGUUGGUAGUUUCUUCCAUGGAUGCAUUUAACAGGACUAAUGGGCCAUGACUACCAUGUGCGAUGUUGUCCAUUGUUAUUGUCAUACUGUCUAAAAUGUUGCCAAUUGUACCGUCUGCCUUUAGUCUGUGUUUUUAUAUAUUAUAUUGUGAGGGACUUAUACAAUUCCUUGUCCCUUAAAUUA